GUCGGGUUGGGUGGUAUCUCAAACGAGUGAUUCUCAAGUUUGGUUUAUGGACCCCGUACGUACGUUUUUACUCAAGGCCACUGAAUAUACAUUUUUAUACCCGCAAGACCCAUUCUAAUCAGAGGUCUAUCUUAGAGGUCUAAUCACAGGGACAGGGAGCCAUUGUGGGAAUAUCUUCGAGAGACACACGCCGCUCUCCCGGCUGACAUGGCAUGGGGGGUGGUGGGUGAUUUCAACUGUCUGCUCGAUCCCUCGGAGAAGAAAGGAGGCCGGCCGUAUGCUCCAGUCAAAUAUCGGCCUUUUGUUGAAUGUGUGGAGGAUUGUGAACUGGUUGAUUCUCCUUUUAUUGGGGAGGAUUAUACCUGGUUCAACAACCGAGUGGGCGGCGUCGAGGUUCGGAGCCGGCUUGACCGAUUGCUGUUUAACCAGCCGUGGAUGGAUAUGUUCUCUUGUUUGGUGCAUCACUUGGAUAGAGUUGGAUCUGAUCAUGCUCCUCUGUUGGUGGAGUGUAAGUCUCAUGAACGUCCUCCUGCACGGCCUUUCACUUUCCUUAAUGUCUGGACAGAGCAUGAGGAUUUUCAGAGAGUGGUGGCUGAUUCUUCGCGGGAGGACAUUACUGGCAGUCCCAUGUUCGUAUUUGGUGCAAAGCUCAAGCGUCUGGCACAUAGCUUGAAGAGAUGGAACCGAGACACCUUCGGUCACAUCUUUGACAGGCUUAAGUGGUUUCAUUGUGACGUGCGGGCGAAUGCCCCGACGACUGAGUUGGCAUGGUGGGCCGUGGAUAGUACACAAGGGACGUGGGAGUUUACUAAUCUGCAGGAUCUUGACAUUCGGGUACGAUCUCUCCUUCUUAUGGACGAUCUGCCCUUCUUUCGCAUAGAUGAGGAUGGGGCCGCUGGAAAGCCCAAGCAAACUUCCUACACAGACCUUGGCUCUUCGCCAAUGCAAGAACACACGUUCACUGCUCGUAAUGAUCAUGUGCCACUAGUGAUGAAACUUGAGGAUGCUUCCCAGUGUCACACUGAUGAACAUGAGGUUUCAAAGGAAGUUGUCCCUAAAACAUCAAAGGCAACGACUGCUCUACCAGGGAAGGUCCUAGGCAUGGCCAAAGAACUUGCACCAACCCCAUCACCAAUGCCACAAAAAAAUGACAUUUUUCACAUGUUUGGGGGUUUUGACCCGCAACCUGAGACAUCGAGACUCAUUGAGGUAGAGCUUGAAGAGAUAGCUAGAUAGCGUGUGAAACAAAAAAUCAAGAGCAAAAGGGAGGGCCUUGCCUCCUCCUGGUUUGUACUUUAUUUAUUGUUUGCUUGACUUUGUUGUGAGGCAAGUGUUCUUGCUUGGUUUGUUGAAUUGUAGAGGUAUGUCUAAGUGCACUUUGUACUUUGACUUGGGUUUUUAAUGCUACCAUUUACAUUUCACCCAAAAAGUUGUCAUUGUUCUUAGCAUUCAAAUCCACUUUAUCCUCAUUUGUCUGAAAUAGUAGAGUCCUCCAUCUUGAUUCCCCAUACUAAUAAAAGGUUUUAGCUUUA